AUGGCUGAAGUUAAUAUCACUUAUGUCACUGAAUUCAUUCUCAAGGGAAUUACAGACCAGCCAGAGCUUCAGGUCCCAUGCUUUGUGGUGUUUUUAGUUAUCUAUCUGGUCACAGUGCUAGGCAACCUUGGGUUGAUUACUUUAAUCAGGAUUGAUGCUCGACUCCACACACCAAUGUACUAUUUCCUCAGUCACCUGGCCUUUGUUGACCUUUGUUACUCCUCUGCUAUUACACCGAAGCUGAUGUUGAAUUUUGUUGUUGUGGAGCACACCAUUUCUUUCCAUGCUUGUGCAACACAACUGGGCUGUUUUCUGACCUUCAUGAUCACUGAGUGCUUUCUUUUAGCCUCCAUGGCCUAUGAUCGCUAUGUAGCCAUCUGUUGUCCCCUGCAUUACUCAACAGUGAUGUCAAAAAGAGUCUGCAUUCAGUUAGUGGCAAUCCCAUAUACAUACAGCUUUCUCGUUGCCCUGUUCCACACCAUCAUCACUUUCCAUCUGACUUACUGUGGCCCCAAUGUAAUUAACCAUUUCUACUGUGACGACCUCCCUCUCUUAGCUCUGUCCUGCUCAGACACACACAUGAAGGAAAUUCUGAUUUUUGCCUUUGCUGGUUUUGACAUGAUCUGUUCCUCUUCCAUAGUCCUCACCUCCUACAUCUUUAUCAUUGCCGCCAUCCUAAGGAUCCACUCUGCUCAGGGAAGACGCAAGGCCAUUUCCACCUGUGGCUCGCAUAUGGUGACUGUUACUAUUUUCUAUGGCACAUUGAUCUUUAUGUACCUACAGCCCAAAUCAAACCACUCCCUGGACACAGAUAAAAUGGCUUCUGUAUUUUAUACAGUGGUGAUCCCCAUGUUGAACCCCAUAAUCUAUAGUCUAAGGAACAAAGAGGUGAAAGAUGCCUCAAAGAAAGCCUUGGAUAAAGGUUGUGAAACCUUAACAAUAUUAAAGUUAAGAAAAUAAUA